GCAGAGCCUUCAUUACUACGAGAUUUAUUGUUCAUACUUCCACCAUCGUCUGGCGCAAUCUAAAGUAUCAUUGUUUCAAUUAGUAAAUUUCAUUACUCAGAUGGCUCUGUUUUCGACAGGGCAAAAUCAGGCCUUUCGACCAACACGGACUCCUUUGGUUGGCCUUGCAGUUGGUCCCCGUCUCGCUAUCAUGUGCGUAUUAGCGGUAAUUGGAAGGAGUCUGACAAAUUCUCUUGGCGUUAUUAGCAAUGGUAAUGGUCGAAGAAUGAUGUUUCCAGCCGCGCAGGCUUUCCAGCGUGAAAUUUCGUUGGUUCGACAUCAAAAUUCACUGGACGCAGCGUUUCCACCCAAGAUCGGCUUGCAGACGGCCUUGUCAGCUGGAAUGGAAGGGAAACUUCUUUCAAACAAAGAUAUAGUGGAGCGUCGAUUGGAGAUGAACCGCGGAAAACGAGCUGCAAGCAAAAAAAGUGCCCAAGAGCGGGUAUCCAGGAAUUUGGAUAUCAAACGAUUACUGCAUACUGAGAAUAAUGCCGCCGUCAGCGGCAACUCGACAUCAUCAGAAUUUCAAGUUCCACCGCUGUAUGCCGUUAAAGUUUGGGUUGACGACGAACUGCGAGAGGAACUUAAGCUUUCCGGCCGAGAAAAGCGUGGCAGGGUAUUUAUCAAGACAGGAUCGGAAGGAACGACGACCUUCCGUGGAAUGAAAGACGAAAUCUUCGGCUUUUUUCGGGCUCUCCGGAAGAACACUUUUUGUUUGACAGCAAAUUUGCCUCAAUUUGACGAAGACGGAAAUAUCGUGGUCGUUUCGCACCCGCCGUUGACAAAGGAAGUCAGUCAAGGUGAUCAUUUGACCUGGAAGAUUGAAAACGACGAAGACGUCAUCAAAACGUUUGCAAUGGCGGAUGAGUUUUUCGAAGAUCCGACGAACUCCGUGUUAAAACGACCCUCUAUCCAGAUCAAUGUUAGAAAAGAUCCAAAUGCCCCACUUCCGCCACCGCCGCCAGCUUAUUUGAACGGUAUGCCCGAUCCCGCUGAAUCCGAAAGCAUGACAAUGCUGUCCUUUUAUGCAUUUCCUCCGUCGGGAAUUGCAAAUCCUGAAGAUUUUGCCCUCAGUCUCAAGAUUUUAUGGAGACCGUUCCAGACUCUUGGUCGUAUCUAUGUCGCAACAGAGGGUGUCAAUGCCCAAAUGAGUGUUCCUACUAAUGUUUUGUCGCAUUUCAUGGAAUGCUGUCGUUCGGUUCCAGAAUUGGGCCAGUACAUGGAAAACGAUAUCAACAUUGAUCCAGAACCGCUCUCGCAGAAAGAGUUCGCUGUGGCAGGGGCCCCGAGAAAUGGCAAGCCGGCUCCUCCAUUUCGCAAUCUACACAUUCGUGUGCGAAGUCAAGUGGUAGCGGAUGGUCUCGACAAGCCCUUGGAUUGGCAAUCGGCUGGGUACGAUAUGCCGCCUUUAGAAUGGCAUGAACAACUCAAGAAAGUUCGAGAAGCUAAAGACAAACCGAUAGAGGAGAAGUCGGAUGUUCCUGUUGUUUUUGACUGCCGCAACACGUACGAAACUGACGUUGGAAUCUUUGAAGGUGCCGAGCCCUUGGACACAGAAAAUUUUCGAGACAGCUGGGAUGUUUUGAAGGACAGAUUGGCAGAUACACCGAAGGAUGCCCCUAUUAUGACUUAUUGCACGGGGGGAAUUCGUUGUAUGUACAUAUGGCUGAUAUUAAAAACGCGCGAGGUUCAUUGUAUUCUUGACUGCAGGUGCUGAAUCGUUCUAACCACACACUUUCGAAAUGUCUUUGGUUGUAUGAUCAUUGAUAUCUAAUUUUCGUUUUCACAUGUUAGGUGUCAAAGUUGGAGCUUACUUGACACAAGAAUUGGGUUUCACCAACGUUUCUCGACUCGCCGGUGGUAUUAUCGCUUACGAUCGAACAUUGAAUGAAAAGAAAGAGGGAGAAGAAUCCAUGUUCAAAGGUACCAAUUUUGUCUUCGACGGGAGGAUGGGCCGUCAAAUUACAGAUGACGAGUUAGGUACUUGCAUAACAUGUGGAGCACCAACGAACUUGGUCUCGAAUUGUCGGAACGAAAAUUGCCACAAACGAAUGAUUCAAUGCGAGAAUUGCCGAACAACGUACCAUGGAACAUGCUCGACUGCAUGCAAGAAUCGGGUUGUCAAUGGCGAUACGUUGUUUGAAAGAAAGCGACCCGAAUCUCGAGGAGAACAAAGUAACGAAGCUGGAUACGAUAAUCUCGAUGAUUACAGCUUGGGUCACUCAUCGCCAGUUCCAUCAAUAUAUAAGGAGAUGGAAUUGAACACGCAGGCUUAUUUGGCAAGUGGCGCUCAUAUGGUUUCUGGAGCUGCGCAGGGGCGACUGUUGACACAACUCGCAUCCAUGACACGUAACGGACGUAUUCUAGAACUUGGAACUUUUACUGGUUAUGCCACUGCAUGUCUCUUAGAGGGUGCAAGGAAUGUGGGUCAGGUUCUGGGAAUUGCUCCAAACAAAGAUUCUGAGAGUAACGAUGGGCCGUACGUGAUGACAAUGGAGCGAGAUAACCGAGCAUUGAACCUAGCAGCUGCUCACCUACGGGUAAUCGAAAAGUAUGGAUUUGAUGGAGAGGAAGUAGUGGAGGCGAUUUGCGCGCUUCGCAGCGAAGAUGCGGUGAAAGAAGUAGAGGAAGAUAUGGUAUCUAUGUCUAUCGCUGGUGGCGUUGCUCGAUGUGAUCUCGUACGGGUUACAGAUGCCUUGGCUACCGUAGAGGCAAUUGCGUCAGGUGACUUUUCUAAUGGUAGCGAUUGUCAUGCCAUGGCGCCUUUUGACCUGGUAUUUGUAGAUGCUGAUAAGACAAGACUGCUUGAGUACGUAGAAGCCUGCCUAAAGAGCGAUCGAUUGCUCAAUCGCGGUGGUCUCAUUGUGGUGGAUAAUGUUUUAUGGAAGGGGCUUGUCUUGGAAGCAAGCACAGGAGAAUUCGUUUCAGUUUCGGACAGAGAGGACUCGGAAAAAGCAGAGUUGCGAAAGAACCGCAGAGCACGAAAGCUUGCCACCACUAUGCAUCGCUUCAACUCGGCUAUUGCUGGAGACGAUAGAGUCGAGGUUCUUGUAUUACCCAUGAGAGAUGGACUGAGUGUGAUACGGAAGAAAUGAAUUUAUCAUCUAAAGAAUUACCAAUAAAGCAGUUGAAUACGAUUUCGUUCCAUAGGAAGUUCAAAUCAAGGUGUUUUAUCGAACACUUCUUUGUGUUACGAUUAGUAAGGGAAGCUGUUACAUGUAACUGGCAUUAGUUGAAAGUCGUGAAUAGAUACGCAUUAUAUUCUUACUAAACAAAAAUAUUCAAUGAUAGAUUUAAACUACGAGUAAUUAAUACUAUCUGACUCAUUUGUGCUGGAUUGUCUAGGGUACCGAUUUAAGAAUUGGUCGAUGGUGUUUCGUACCACAUCGAAGCACUUCUUCGACAUAGCAACGGUGCUGGUGGAUAUGUUAUUUACAAUGUCGUGCUUCUGAAUCACUUGUCCAAAUUUUUCAUGAGAAAAAAUGGCGACUGUGCCAAAUGUUUUGGCGAUAUCAGCUGCUACGCCUUCUUCUUGCUUGGAGUAGAAGGCGGCCCCAACACCAAAUGCCACCGAAACGGAAGGUCCUCCAAUAAGGAAGCCUAGAACAAUCCCAGCAGCCCAAGCGCCAUUUGUUGUUGAUGCAUCUAUGUUAGAGGCUUGAAUGUUGUUUGGGCUCACAGCAUCUUCUUGGUUGUUUUGGUGGUAAUUCAAUUGUAAAUGACGAUACCGGUCGGGAUCUUGAAUAGUAGGAUCGCUAGACGUAACUACAGAACAAACAUCCUGAAUAAUCGAUUCUAUCGUGUUACCAACAGAAUUGUUUGCUUCCAAAAAGUGUUCGUUGUUACUGUCCAAAUCUGGAUUCUCGCUAAACAAAAUGUCUUCUCUCCGGACUUCACCGCCCAGCUCCGAAGCAUGAUUCAGGAGCGAAGCUUGGGCGAGAGGGAUGGUAUCUUCUCGAAUCGUGGUUGUCUUAUUUCUGCAACUCAUCGAAUCUAUUUCACAUUGAGGAUUUUUUAAUCUUUCGUGGCUGCUCUGUCGUUAACAUUGUAUUAGCCAGCCCAGCUUUUAUCAACAUUCAAUGAUGCAGCCUUGACCUUUCUGUCCUUCGAUCACACCGUCGACUUUGUUUAUGUCAUACUCUUGUCACUGCUAUGGAAGAUUCUAAAGAAAACUUGCUGAGAAAAACGAAUCAACACGUGACAAAUUC